AUGGGAAAUGCUAGUUCUCCAAACCGUUUGCGGUCUGAAAGUUGUAGCCCAGAUGAGUGUGAAGCGCUGGAGACAGCCAUUGCAAAUUAUCCACAUAGUGGUGGGUAUGGCCAGGGUUACUCCGGACAUUUCCCUGUAACCCCAGAACCAAAGCAAACUGGUAAAAGAAGGAGAAAUUGUGAUAAUUUUGGUUUGCAGCAGCAUCCAUCAAAUGGCACAAUGCCAAUGAAAAACAGCGAGAAGAUCCAACAGAAGAAAUUGGAAUUUCAGGACGAAAGAUAUUAUGAUGGAAGCUAUCCAUCCUAUUCUGCAUCCUUGUCGUCCUCAACGUCAAAGAACUCAAGGUGGAAUAGCAACACUGCAGCGACAGAGAGUUCCAGAGCUCCGAACACGACCUCUGCUUCAACAUCGUCAACUACAUCAUUUGCUCCCACUCCAAGCAAGUCUGCCUCUAAUUCAAAACAAGCUGCACCUAGUCCCAAGCAGCCAUCUCCAAGUCCUAAGCAGAACACCCCUAAGAGUUCCAAGAGUUCCAAAAACAGUUCCAAGCAGAGAGCCACAAGCCCCAAACAAAGCAGCACUCCUAGCUCCCAGGCGUCCUCUCAGUCAAAUUCUAAUACUACCACAACUGCCACCUCAAGUAGCAAAAACAAUAAAAAUAACAACAAUAACAAUACCUCCAUAGAGAAUUUGCAAGAAGCCCUCAAGAAUACAUCUAUCUCGUCCCCGACUGAGACUACUGAGAGCAAAACGCCCACAUUGGCCGAAAUCAAGGCGGCAGCAGUGGCGCAGGCGUUGGCCGACAAAGCGGCUGAGAAAGGAGCUGACAAGUCUGGUACUGAUUCAUUGGCACCAAAUCUACAGAUCACCUCAGAAAGUUUCGCCGCUCUCAACAAAAAUCCAGUUAGCGCACUGAUGGAAUAUGCUCAACAGCGACACUUACCCGUUGAAUUUAAGCUUUUGUCACACAGAGGACCUUCUCAUCGACCGUUGUUCAAAUUUGCCGUGAUUCUUGGUAAACGCCAGUUCCCCAGUAUGGAGUGCAACAGUAAGAAGGAUGGUAAGAAAGAGGCAGCCGAUCUGACAUUGCGCAUUCUCAUUGCUGAAGGACAGUAUCAACUGGAGAACACCGUCUCAGCAUUGAAAACAAUUCCACCUGCUGAAAUGACACAUUUCGACAAAAUGGCUGCCUUGAGUCACCAGGCAUUUAACAACAUUGCCUUGCAAAUCCCUGAGAACCUUGCUGGGAGAAAGGUCAUCGCUGCUUUGGUGAUGAAGCGAUCACCAACGGAUACGGGAAUUGUUAUCAGUGUUGGAACUGGUAACCGCUGUUUAACCGGUGAUCAUUUGAGUUUGGAAGGCAACAGUGUCAAUGACUCUCAUGCUGAAAUAAUCACACGCCGAGGUUUUCUGAGAUAUCUGUACAAACAUUUACUGGAGUAUGAUCCCGAAAAACCCCAUGACCUAUUUGAGAAAGGUGAACGUAGUCUUUGCCGGAUAAAAACUAAUAUUACAUUCCAUCUGUAUAUAUCAACUGCUCCUUGUGGAGAUGGAGCACUUUUUUCACCCAGGGAUACCGACUCCAGUAAUGUGAAAGUGGAUGAGGAAAAUAAGCACGUCCAUAAUCCGACUUUUUCAAGCAGUGUUCAGGGAUUGCUGAGAACCAAAGUGGAAGGAGGUGAAGGGACCAUUCCAAUAGAUGCUGAUUUCACUGAACAAACAUGGGAUGGAAUUCAACGUGGUGAAAGAUUGCGCACAAUGUCAUGUUCAGAUAAAAUAUGUCGCUGGAACGUGGUUGGUUUACAAGGGGCUUUACUUAGUCAUUUUGUCGAACCGAUAUACCUGGAAUCUCUGACAUUAGGUUAUCUUUAUGAUCAUGGCCACCUAGCACGUGCAGUUUGCUGCCGGAUUGAACGGGGAGAAGCGUCUGUCAACCAACUUUUGCCUGAGGGCUACCGAUUGAACCAUCCUUGGCUUGGCAGAGUUACUGCUUGCGAUCCGCCUAGAGAAACCCAAAAGACAAAAUCUUUGAGUAUCAAUUGGUGCUAUGAUGAUGAAAAGUCUGAAGUUCUCGAUGGUACAGCAGGGAUCUGUUACACAGCGAUUGAGAAAAAUCUCUUCUCUCGCUUAACAAAACACAGCUUAUAUGAAGAGUUCAAGAAAGUGUGUCAGAAAUUUGAACGUGAGGACUUACUCAAUGUCACUUCUUACAACAAAGCCAAGAUGAUGGCCAUUCCUUUCCAGACUGCCAAAAAUUGCAAAACUGGGAUGAAGUACAGCCUGUUGGAGACUUUUGGAACCCACAAUUUAUGCAGGGCCUCUGCCACAGCUAAAACACUCAGUCAUACCCACAGUUUCAUCACCAGGGAAGAAAAUGGGGAGAGAAAUGAAGAGAUUAAAAAUGAUGAAAAAGAACAAAAAGGACUCCUGAAAAUAAAUCUAUGA